AUGUCUGAAGAAGAUAUUAAUUUACCUAAAAAAAUUUUUAAUUGUCAAGAUGUUAAAAAACGUAUGCAUGAAAUUCUUCAUGAAAAUUUACAUGAUAAACAAUAUGAUUUAAAUCAAUGUAGUUUAUUAACAAAAAAUCUUUCAAAUAUUAUUAAAGAUUCAUUAAAAACAUUUGGUUAUGAACGUUAUAAAUUUAUUAUACAAAUUCUUAUUUGUCAAGAAUAUAAUGAAAACAUACAAAUGGCUUGUCGAUCUUUUUGGGAUUCUCAAACGGAUAAAUAUGCACAAACAAUUUAUAUUAAUCAGUUUUUAAUAUGUAUUGCUACAACAUUUGCUGUAUUUUAUUAUUGA